GUCCACUCGCCUCUUUCGCGGCCCAGAACCACUUUACGUGGAUUCAUAUUUACCACCAAUUUCCUCCCCCUUUCUCCCUAUAUCUACCCGUCUUCAACCUCUAGCCAAUCUAAAUCUAAAUCAAACUCCAUUGAUUUCAAAUCCCCCUUUCCUUUCCCCUUUAAUCUAUUUCCAUGGCUUCUUCCGGUGUUGCGAUCCAAUCCAUCCUCGGAAGCCCAUUGGGCUUCAGAAAUGGGCUCAACAAUCGUUCUCUUCUUCCACACAUCUCUCAGAGGAAAUCGAAUCUCCUCGUCAGGAGCAUUUCUGAGGAUUCCGAGAAAUCAGGCGUACCGCCGUCGGCCCCGAGAUCUACUCCACCACCUCCGGCGAAGAAAUCGGGGGCCGAUCUGAGGAAGGUGUUCUCGUUCAGCGGGCCGGGGCCGGAGAGGAUCAACGGGAGGCUGGCGAUGGUGGGGUUCGUGGCGGCGAUCGGCGCGGAGCUGGCGAACGGCGGGGACCUGCUGAACCAGAUCUCGAACGGCGGCGUGGGGUGGUUCGUGGGGACGAGCGUGGUGCUGACGCUGGCGUCGCUGGUGCCGCUGUUCCAGGGGGUGACGGCGGAGUCGAAGUCGGCGGGGCUGAUGAGCGCCGACGCCGAGAUCUGGAACGGGCGGAUGGCUAUGUUGGGCCUCGUCGCGCUGGCCUUCACUGAGUACGUCCAGAUGGGCCCGCUUGUUCACGUUUAGACCCGACCCGACUCGGCCCGAGAGUGGGCGAAUGUGAAAAAUUUGUACUCUUAGUUCUUUGACUGCUUAAGAUUGUAAUCUUGUGUUAAUUGAAUGUGGGUGCCAUAAGUGCCAUCUCUAUCUAUUGAGUAAAAGGGAUUAAUAGAUUUGAUUCUUUUUAUGCAACAAAAUGCUGUUUAUUUG